AUGAAUUUGUUAUUAGAGGUGAGUGAUUUGCUUCUGUCUACUGUCAGAUAUUUGCAUACCGCAUGCUUAUGAAUAUUAAUAAAUAAUAUUGAUAUUUAUACGGAGUUUGUAUGCAAUGAAGUACUGAUUUAUCUAGCUAAACAUUGCAAAUAUUUUCAUCCUAGGUGAAGGGCAUUUGACACAAGAGACUGUCCCCAUGGCGGGGAAAUUGACACGAGAAUUGGGCAAAAUGUCAAAUCCUCCAGGUAUGCCUGCCCCCCCCUCCCCUGGGGCUAAACAUUGACAAGUGCAUUACUAUAAAUAGUUCACACUAAAACUGGCAACUGCCCCCGGCUGAUUAUGGUGUACUAACUAGCUGUUAUUAAAAGUGAUCAUGCCUUAUGGUAAUUUACAUAUAUUAAUAGGACAAAAUGUUAUUACUAUCUGGCUUUCUUUCAAAAUGCUUAGAAGAUUGAUAAAAUUGGACGAACUUUAAAAGUGAACCACAUAUAACUUGAUCUGUGUGCGUCUAUCCGGCUGAAGGGGCCAAAACCCUGCGGGGGCAAAAAUUGUGAAGUGCACUGGCUGGGAAUUUCAGAUGCUCAUGUAUAAAAAACAAAGCAGUGAAUGAUAUAAAUUCCUCAAAAUAUAACUCACAUAAAAAAAACAUGAUUGAAUACUUCUAUAAUAUGUAUAGUUUUAUUCCUCUGCAUUAUCAAAAUUUAAUAAAAUAGUGAAUUAAUAUAAUUUUAUAUAGUUAGUAGACUGAAUAUAUCAGUGUGACAUAAUUUGCCAUGUGUUUCCUCUCUGUAUAUCUUUUCUCUGUGUUUAUACUCUACAGGUGGCAGUGCUUGUAUCUCAUUAAUGCUUCCACUAUGAUAAAACAAAAAUUUGAAAAAAGUUUGCAGGAAAAUUUUAUAGACUAACAGUCUCAUACUGUCAUUUCUGUAAAAGAUCCUAAUUUAAAUGGCUAUUAAUUAAAAUUAUCAGUUGUAUUACAUCUCAUUUAUCUUGUGAUUGUCCAUAUUUUCACUUUUUGGUUUUUUACUUAAGUAAUAUUUUCUUUCUUCGAUGUUACUUCCAUCACAUUUCACAGAAAAAAUUCGAUCACUUUGACAUGGAAUUACAUAAUGUAUCGUCUCUUUACAAAAACAACAUGGCUACGUAUAGACGAUUUUUUAAACAAUUUUAUUUUUCUUACUCAAAUUUAACCCUUCUCUCAACUUCAAAUUACAGAACUCACAAACAAAAUGCAAGAAUAUCGUUCUCAACGCAUGCUGACCCAGUUGUGAGUAAAUUGCAUGGAUAUAUUUAAAUAUUUUAGGUGCAAAAUAUGAACAUUUGUCAUACCCGGUAUGCGUCAAAUUUUAGGAUAAGACAUUCAGCGUUGAGUUGCGUGUAGAGUCCUAUACAGCGAUGUUCAUAGCAGUGUAGCAGCUAAACAAGACACUAACUCUUAACCCUAACCCUUAACCAAUCCAAUUCCAAUCUGUUUACAGGGGCUUAGCAGUGACGGUCAUUCACAGCCACAGGUGAAAACCAGAGAGGAAAGAAUGUUCCAAGGUUUACCAAAAAGAAAACUCAUCGAAGGAGUGAAAGAUAUUGUGGUUGUUGCUUCUGGCAAGGGUGGGGUUGGCAAGUCAACUUGUGCUGGUUAGUAUGGGCAGAGGAAAUAUCCCACUUGAACCACCAUCAUUAUCACCAUCAUCACUGUUGCCACCACUGUCUUACAGGUAUAUUUUAUUAUAUUUUAUAUUAAAGCACCACUGUCUUAUAUUUUAGUCAAUCUGGCUUUAGGACUAGCAGCUAUAAAUAAGGUACAGUAAGUAAUUAUGUUAUAUAUUAAUUAAUUACCUUUUUUACCAUAUAUACAUCCAUCGACAUGUUAAUUACAGUAUAGUACUGUAUGUCUGACUUCCAGAGCAAAAGUGUUGGUCUACUGGAUGCUGAUAUUUAUGGACCAUCAAAUCCAAAAAUGAUGAACCUCUCGGGAAAACCAGAGCUUAAUCAAGGUUGCAUAUAAAAAAUUGUUUUGUAGAAUGUACUGUAUUAAUACUCUUUCUAUUGUUUGCUAAAUGUUGUUUUUUGUUUUUAGACAACAAGAUGGAACCUUUGAAAGAUUAUGGAAUUUCAUGGUGAGACACAUACUGUAUGUUAGCUCUAUUAAUCAUGCUGUAUUCUGUAAGUUUUUUUGUAAGCCAAUCAUGUUCAUUUCUCAUGACCAAUGUCAAAGCAUUGAUUAAUUUUGUUCGCUUUUCAUGUUUAGCAUGUCAAUGGGAUUUUUAGUUGAUGAAAAAUCACCAAUAGUUUGGCGAGGAUUAAUGGUGAUGUCUGCCCCGGAGAAAUUACCGAGACAGGUGAACUGGGGGACAUUGGAUGUCCCUAUUGUGGAUAUGCCUCCUGGAACAGGGGAUACACAGCUCUCUAUAUCCCAAACUGUUCCUCUGUCAGGUACAUGUGAUGGCAAUGUCCUCACUAAAUGGGUUGACUCUAAUUCAUCUGUGGGAUGUUUCACAUUUCUUUUUACUUCAGGUGCUAUCAUUGUUACAACACCUCAAGACAUUGCUCUUCUGGAUGCACAAAAGGGUGCCGAGAUGUUCCAAAAGGUCCAUGUCCCUGUACGUAACACCAUGCAAGUGAUCAAAUGUGAAACUGAACCUCUAGGAGUUUAGAAGUGAUAGAGCUAUCCAGUAUAUAAAUAGUAUAAAUAAAGUUAGUUUGGUUUGCAUCUUUUACUUAUAGUUUUCUUUGAGUUUUGACCUCUAGGGAGAACAGUUUAGAACUGGUAGGAAAAUCUGCUACUAAUAAAGUUAGUCUGGCAAUAUUGCUUUUCUUGUCCAGGUCCUGGGUGUUAUUGAGAACAUGAGUCACUAUGUCUGUCCUAAAUGCAACCAUAAAGAAUUCAUAUUUGGUGAAAAUGGCGAAAUAACUAUAGCUGAAAAUAUGAACUUAGAAAUACUAGGUAUAAUAAUAAUAAUAAUAUAAUAAUAAUAAAAUGCUAAACUAAUACUCUCUUUAACUAAUACUCUCUUUACAACAACAAUGCUUUCUAUAUCAUUGUAUUAUCUCAUUAAAUUCAUAUACAGGGUGUAUCAAAAAAUUGUACACCCUUUCAAAUUCAAAUUAGCCACAACCUUUCAAAUAUUCGUUGACGUUGUUAAACAUUUUUCUUUGAGUUGUGUAUUUGUUCAUACAAAUAGAAGUUAUCCUAAAUUCCUAUGUGCAGAAGACCUUGUGUUUUCACGCAUUCAUUAAUUCGAAUUGUACGUCGGCUGAAUAUAUGUUGAGUUGUGCAAAUCACUCCUAAAAAGUGUUUGUGACUUUUAAAUUUUUUUGUGAUUUUUUUAUUUUUCAAUGAUUUUUUUUAAAUUUCUUUAAAACAUUUUUUCUCCAUUCUCUUUUAAAAUCACUCCUAAAAAGUGUACGGUAUGGCAUGGAGAUAGAAAAAUCAUGUGAGAUUUUUUUUGUGAUUUUUAACAUUUUUUUGUUAAUUUUUUAUUUUGAUUUUUUGUGCUCUUUUAAUUGAGGGUGUACAAAUACUUAACAGUUAGAUUGACUAACCGUAUUAAAAAUUAGUUCGUUUCAGUUGGCUAUUUACAUGAACUACAAUUAAUAAAAUCAUUUUUAAAUCUAUUGGUCUUAAAAUUAGGACUAAACAUUCUUCUUCCUCGCAGACAUAUUUCUGACGAGUUCACUGGAGGCAAUAAGUCAUGCAGAUAUAUAUACAGACAUAUAUAAACUACUAAAUUUAAUUUCAUAUUAACUUAUAUAUCGUGCGUAUAUAGGUUAUAAGACACUAAUGAUGAUUAUAAAGACAUAACGUAUCUCAUAUAAGGGAGAGAUAAGGAGCGCAAAAAGGCCCCCGUUAAUUGGUCUUGGUGGCCGGAGUAUUAUUAUACUGGUAGCAUAAAAUGAUUAAAUCGUUUAUUGUUGUGUGCGAAGUUCUCAGACUUUACUGAAUCAUUUUAAACAGGGCUGAAACAAUUUCUAUAACCAUGUACAGAUACAAAGAAAACACAAGACUUAAACUGUCACAUAUGUACAGAUAUAAAGAAUUUAAAGUGCGACUAACCCCAAAUAUAAUAUAAUUUUUGGAAUGUGUAAUACUUGGGUCAUUCUGAGGAGAAAAAUUGUAUGUAUCUUUAUAGUAAAAAACCUCAUCUUGAUCAACUUUUUCACUGUCCAAGUUCCAGAUAUAUAGAUGUCAGAUAUAUAGAUGAUGAUAUAUAGAUAUAUAGAAACUUUGACAGUGAAAAAGUUGAUCAAGAUAGGAUUUUUUAUCAUAAAGAUAUAUUACAUUUCUUCUUCGAAUGACCCAAAUAUUACACAUACCAAAAAUCAUAUUAGGGUUAUAUAGUCGCACUUUAAGAAAAUACAAAACUUUAUUUUGUUUGCUUACCCUGGUUUCAACUUGAUUCUAUGGAAAUAAUAAUCUUUUUGGACGACGGGCAAAUCACUCCUAAAAAGUGUACGAGAUCAUGUGAUUUUUUUGUGAAGUCAUGUGACUUUUUGGUGAUUUAUCACACUGUAAGCAAAGUUAGUAAAGUCACAGUUGAGAAUCCAACCCGCAACCAUGAAAGUGUUACUUACAGUAAUAAGUACAGUAUUUUUGUAGAUGGAAAUUCAGAGUGUGGAAAUUUUUAUUCAUUUAUUAGACCUGACCAGGAACAGUUGCGAAAAAUGCACCUAUUGGACCACUGGCAGGAAUCAAACUGGUCGCCCUGCGAUUUCGGUGCAGCGCUCUAACCAACUGAGCUACAGAGGCCAGUUGUCGAGCUCUUACCGUAAGUUCAUGUACUAUUUAGAAUAUGAGCAGCUGAUCUUUAUGUACUAUUUACAAUGGCGAGCGUGAGCCAUUGUUAAAUGCCCAUAAGAUCAGUUGCGAAUAUUUUAACGUACUUGUAAAAUGAAUUUAUUUGUUUACUUUAUUAGUAUUCUCUGCCCAUGGGGACAAUCUCACGCUUCAUUAGCAUGCUAUUAAAACUUAAAUUAGUAUUCUUAACUUUCAUAAACAUCCAUGCUUCUCAAUUAGUAUUGUUAACUUUCAUAAACCAUCCCUCUAACACGACUUUCUGAUCUUUAAUGCGGUUUACAAGUUGCACAUGUGACCUAAAUACCGCAUCGUGAUUUGUUUGUGGCCUUAUUAAUUAUUCAUGAUUUUACAAGUGUACAAGUUUUACUAGGGUACUGCGAAUGUAAGGUGCAUGUAUAAGGUAUCUUAGGCCUGUUUUAUACGUCGAAUUUUGGUCGCGUCGAAUGCAAUUAAGACAAUAGAUAAUGAGAUGAUAAACCUCAUUAACCUUCAUCUAUUAUUGUUCGCGACGUAUAAAACAGGCCUUAUUCGAUGGACCUAUAUUACAUAGCGCUUUAAUUAACGUGAGUCUUUUUACUGCAGUCCAUGGCAGGUGGUCGGAUUGGGGAAACUGGACUGUGUGUUCUGUGACAUGCGGCAAAGGUCGUCAACUACGAUUCCGCAGUUGCACUAAUCCCAAGCCUCCGUUUGGUGGACGAGACUGCAAGGGCGCUAGAGAGGGCAAACAGGACUGUAUGGAUACUCCACAUUUUCCAAGUAUGUAAAUAUGAUCAUAGAUUAGAAUUGGCUGUCACGCAACCUUGGUUAGCUGUUCUUAAUAUUGCUUUCCCAACACUAUCAUGUAUGAUGUAUUCUAUCUAAAUUAAAACAUAGUUGGAAAACUCAAACUUUUAUUUUAUUAGGCUACAUUUACACUAUACACCGGAUAGGUUUUUGCUUUGUUUAUGAAACGUUACGGCCCCAAGUGUAAACAGGCUUCCGCCCUAGCAAAACUAGUAAAGUUUAGUAAACAAUAAGCUGACCUAGACAACAAUUUUAUUGCUGUCAUGCAGAGAUCGAUACUCUACUUAACCCGAUUAUUUUUAACAGCGAAUAACAGGUAACAAUCUCUAAGAUCAUAUAGCUAAAUUAUAUAGCUUACGUUUUCUACAGAAGAUAUGCAUGCAGUACAGACAAUUGUGCAAGACACAAAUGCCACAAAAGACCAACAAAUAUCUAGUUGAUUACUGCGAGAGCGUGAUGUGCCGGCUAAGCGAUCUAACCUUUGCAUGGUCAGCUUCUUUCAGCUUUUUCUCGCCUAUUACUUCAACAUUUUAAUUGUUCCACCCAGCCAGGAUCCCGGUUGUUGCUUCCUGAGUUGCUUGCUGAAUUGCAUGGGAUGGAAAUCCUAUCUGUAUAAUUAGCCUUUCUCACGCCACCAUUUUUGGGUGACAUUUCAGCCGAAGUUUGCAAGAGAAGUCCACAUAACAGUGACUUUUUAUAUAUUUUUUUGACGAAUGAUGGUAAAUUUGCUUUGGAAAUGGUUAGUUUAUUCUGAAAAAUUGCUUUUCACAUUGUUUUAAUUGUCUGCAUUGGUUAAGGAGAAUUAGACGCCACCCAAAAAUGGCGCCGGAUAUUCGUCAUCGUGAGAAAGGCUAAUUGCAUUAUGCCGAGAUGGAUUGGGGGUUUUAUAAGGUACUUAUUUAACAUACAACAUUUUUUAGCAAUGACUGGGGUUAAAUUGGCAAUAGCGUUCGGUUUCCUGCUCAUGGUCGUCAUUGUAUGCUCCAAGCAUACUCCUUCAGAGCAACAUUCAACCUAUCCGGCGACGGAUGAAGCUCAGUUUACCAGUCACGAAUACCACGACGAAGACCUGAAUGUAGGAGAGAGGCUGAUCCGUGCUGUAACGGCGGCUGACUUACCGCUACAUUACCCAGGUGGCACCACAAAUGACAACAAGAAGGUGAUGUUUCACUUGAAUCCCAAAGCAAAAAUCGCCGACCGUAAUCUGCUCCCAAAAAACCCAAGAAGAAACGAGCUGGAUGACUUCACCAUGAGUAUUAGUGCACAGCAGAUUUUUGUACAGAAUGCGGGGAAAUUGAGCGACUCACCUAACAAAUUGUUCCGCCUUGACAUGCAAGGGAUGGUGGAAAAUGAGCAUGGUCAACAUCACAAUCUGCAGGUUCAAAUGAAUAGGGUGAAACGUAGCAAGAAAGUUGUGAGUACUACAUAUGCCAAUGUAUUAGUUCCACAGAAUGCCGAUGGGUUCCUGACCGAUCAAGUUGUUCGUGAGGCCUUUAGCGAUAGUUCCAAAAGGAGGGCUGCGGUGACGCUUGAGGUAGUCCAGGAAUAG